AUGGCCCCGAAUAAUAGCAAAACAGCCGUCGCCGAGUGCAUCUCGGACGACGCUCUCAUUCAUCUCAAGUCCUACAAGUACUCGGCCGUCGACAAGUCGCCCAUCUCCAAUUAUAUCCUCCGUCCCUACUGGAAUGCUUUCGUUGAGCUUCUGCCGUUAUGGCUGGCACCCAACAUGGUGACCCUGAUAGGGUUCAUGUUCAUUCUAGUUAACAUCGCCCUACUAGUUAUAGUUAUGCCAGAUCUGGUGGGACCGGGUCCGUCAUGGCUCUACUUUAGCUUCGCCUUCGGCCUCUUCAUGUAUCAGACCAUGGACAACAUCGACGGGAAGCAGGCGCGCCGAACCGGCACAUCGAGUGGCCUGGGAGAACUGUUCGACCACGGCAUCGACUCCUUAAACUGCACUCUUGGUAGCUUACUAGAGACGGGCGCAAUGGCGCUGGGAACUUCGAAAUCGGGCGUCUUUACCGCCCUGUGUCCCUGCCUGCCUAUGUUCUUCUCGACCUGGGAGACGUAUCACACUCACACGCUGUACUUGGGUUAUUUCAAUGGCCCCACCGAGGGCCUCCUAAUCGCGUGUAGUCUAAUGGCGAUUUCAGGCAUCUACGGACCUGGCAUCUGGACGGAGCCUAUCGUUAAUAUUGUAGGACAGAAGUACCUUUUCGGGUUUGACGAAAUCGUCGCGGAUCAUUCGAUUCGUGAUAUCUGGAUCCUCGUGAUCGUGGCUUCACUCGUAUUGGGUCACAUGCCGUUUUGCGUUCUCAACGUCGUUAAGGCAAGACGACGGGAUAAUCUCCCAGUCCUACCGGUAUUCCUCGAGUGGAUCCCCAUGGCCGUGUAUACCUUCUCGAUCGGCGCAUGGCUAUACUCGCCGCACUCGACACUUAUGCGCGAGAACCACCUGGUGCUCUUCUGCCUGACCAUGUCGCUCGUGUUCGGGCGUAUGACGACCAAGAUGAUCCUCGCUCACCUUACCCGUCAACCGUUUCCGUACUGGACCGUGAUGCUGGCGCCAUUGGUGGGCGGCGCCUUCCUAGGAAACCUCCCGCGGUUCGGUCUUGCACCUAUCUCCGCCGACCUCGAGCACUACUACCUGUGGGCUUAUUUCGUGUUUGCAUUCAUCGUAUACUUCCGUUGGGCGUACCUGGUCACGAACAGUAUAUGCAACUUCCUUGGCAUCAACUGCCUCACCAUCCCUCAUGAGAAGCAGCUUGAGAACAAGCGGAAACAAGAGCUUCUAGCGAACGGCGCGGCUAACGGGAAAAAGUCACAGUAG